AUGGGCGCGGCGUUGCAGCGCGAGGUCGAGUUCUGGCGCGGCCGCCACGGGCGGCUGCUGGAGGCGCUGGGCAAAGGCGAGGUGGCCGAACACCUAGAGGUCGUGGCAGUUCACCUCAACGCCACGCUGCAGGGCGCCAGGCUGGCACCUGUCGCCGUGCUGCGGCGGAGCGUGGCGCUGCACACCAGAGACGCCCCUCUGCCGCUGGCGACGGCGGCACCACGGCGGCUGCGCAAGGCCCAGAAGGGGCCACGGCUGGCGGCGGCCACGCACAGCAAGGCGCCAACCACCACAUUGCCAGCGGUGCCCCAGUUCCCCGCGUUCGGCGCCGAGGCCCAGGCAGGGUCCCCGCCCGACGCGGCCAUCCCGAGCGCGGGCGCGGGCGCCGCUAGCGUGGAGCAUAAUGACGAGCACGACGGAGAGCAGGACGUGGUGCAGCACAACGAGGACGUGUUAAACGUCGAUGGUACUGGCCAGCCGGACCUUGCGAGCGACGUCGAGGAAUACAAAGAGAACGAUGGCGUGGACGGGACUGCUGGUUGCGCGGAGGACUGCCAGCAGCGCUUGGAUGCCGUGCGAGAAUACCUCACGGCCAUCAUGGAAGGCGACUUCGCUAACGGGCAGGGCAUGAUCUUGACGUGUAUCGCGCGGCUCAAGAGUAUGCUCAGGGAGGCCCAGACGAUAUUGGGCGACGUGGACAACGGCUUCAUCGCAGAGGAGGCCGGGCUGGAGCGCCACGAGAUCCAGGAAGUGAUCUCUUUCGUGCGGCGGCAGUACGUCCUGGCGGAGGGCGGAGGCAUUAGCAGCAUGCGCUGCGGAUGA